CGCGACAUCAUCAGCACCGCCCAGUGCCAAGAGACGCUGCAGCGCUGGCUGGAGACGGAGGGCGACAGCAUGUACUGGGACCGCCUGUCCCGGGCGCUCCAGCUGAUCGGCCGCCCCGACGUCUCGCUGGAGCUGGGCAAGAACCUCAACCAGGACAAGAACCUGGAGAUUAAGAGGAACGUGGAGGAGUACCACCAGACGGUGCAGCGCCUGACCUCCUCGCUGCUC